AAAAUGUCUUCAAUCGUUGUUGGAAGUGGAGUUCUUGCUGAAACUGUCGUCGGUCUUUUGUGCGCUGCCGGGAGACGUGUCUCUCUUGUUGCACCAAGUGGAAAGGUCAAUGCUCUGAAAUUCGAUUCAAGUGUCAUCAAGGCUAUCUUGCAAGAGGACUCUGAGAAAAAGAUUCCAUUCGAAUUCAUCGAUGAUAUUAGACAACAACAAAAACUCGCUGACAAGAACUUCAAGAAGAUUAAUGUGACAACCGAUAUUUCGAAAAUUGAAGCUGCUGAUCAAAUCAUCGAUGCAUGCUCUGCCGAUGAAUCUUCUCUCUUCAUUAAUACCGCUAAAGCUGUUCCAAAUGCCACAAUCAUCUCCCUCAACGGUGAAAAAUCUCCAAUUCACUCGAAUCACGUGUCUGUCAAAAUGUACAGCCCCAUUCAUGAGACAAAGACUGCAAAGAUGUUCACCAAUUCGAAGGUUUCCAAAAAAACUCUCGAAGAAGUAAACCAACUUCUCGAUUCGAUGGGCCUUACUGUUCUCAGUGAGGAAGAUUCUCGAGUUGCUGAUCGUCUUGUACUUGAUAUGCAACAAGUUGAGAAAUCAUCAUCUCUUUCGAAGCUUAUUUCUACACUUGUCACACCACUCAAUGCUCCAGCAACUCCUUCAAUGCCAAAAGAACAAUACUUGCUUUUUUAGUUCGUGUUUCUGGGAACUUUGUACAUUCAUUUUUCUGACUGUAAUUAAGAUCUCCAUGUAGAUCAGCUUGUUUGUAAUAAAUUGGAAAGCUA